UGACAUUUGGAGAACUUACUGUUCUGUGUGCAUGACAGAUUAGGCAAAAAAGUUAAAAGAAGUUGAAGGAAAGUUCGUUUGUGAAAAUAUUGGCGAUGGUUGAUAAGUUGGUGAACAGUGAAGCUAAUGCUAGACGAAUAGCGAUGGUAGAAAGCUGUUUUGGUAGUUCUGGACAGCCCCUGGCAGUGCCUGGUCGUGUAUUGGUUGGCGAGGGAGUCUUAACUAAAAUGUGCAGGAAGAAACCAAAAACCAGGCAGUUUUUCUUAUUCAAUGAUAUAUUAGUGUAUGGGAAUAUUAUAAUCAACAAAAAAAAAUAUAAUAAGCAACAUAUCAUUCCAUUAGAAGAAGUGAAAUUGGAAAGUAUUGAAGAUGAUUCCCAAUAUCGAAAUGGAUGGGUAAUUCGAACCUCUCAAAAAUCUUUUGCUGUAUAUGCUGCUACCCCAGUUGAAAAAGGAGAAUGGAUGGCUCACAUUAAUAAAUGUAUAGACGAUUUACUUAGAAAAAGUGGUAAAAAAGCAGUUGCAGAACAUGCUGCUGUUUGGGUUCCAGAUGUAGAAGCACCUGUGUGCAUGCAUUGUAAAAGGACUCAGUUUACAUUAAUCAAUCGAAGGCACCAUUGUCGUAAAUGUGGAGCUGUAGUUUGCGGCCCGUGCUCAAAUAAACGCUUCUUGCUGCCAAAUCAAAGCUCCAAACCAUUGAGGGUGUGUCUAAAUUGCUAUGAAAUUCUCACAUCUGCUAAAACCAACAACUCUGUGGAUUCAGGACAUAAAGGUACCAAUGCAGACUCGUCAGGAGAGGAAGACUCAGACGAUGACGAUGAAGCCCAAAGAGGACAGCCUGAGGCUCAUGACCUGUUCAGAAGUCAUUGCCUUGGUUAUACAUGCUGACAGUCCUCCAAAGUUUUACGGUGACAGUGAAGUGAAAUCGGAGUAAUUCGUAGGAUUCAUGAAUGGAUUGUGGACAAAAUUUGACGGAAUCAUCCGAAUUUAGUAACGAAAACCAUCAGAAGAUAUAUUUUACUAUAAAACACGUAACUUUUAUGAAUAAAAUAGUUUAGUCUAACCAAUGAACAUGAUAUUUUUAGUGAUAUACACUUAAAAUGUGAAAUAUACUGAUUUAUUUAAUAACUGGGCGAUUAUCUCAUUAAAUAUGCUCCUACACGCAUUUGUGUAAAAGUGACCUUAACUUCUUUAUUUAAGUACUAGUGUGUAUACAUGGUGACAGUGCAGGAAUUAAAUUAAAUGAAAUUCACUCCCUCAAUUUCUUUUUACAAGUUAUAUUUUAUAUUUCCUAUUAGAAGUUAUGGUCCCUUCGGUUACACCACUGAUUAUAGGAAUAACUUAUUAAGCACAAACUGAAGGUUCCAUACAUACAAGAAGAAUAUUUCAUUGAAAAAUUAACGAAGUAUUCCAAUUAUGUUUUAUACUGCUCUUAACCAUAUCAAUAAAACAAUGUGUUUUGACAAUAAGUUUUUGAUUCCCCUGCAUUAUUAUGAAAAACUGCUUAGCACAUUAUGCACAGAUUUACUUUUAAUAAUAUCUUUUUUGAUAGCUGCUUGGAGUGAGCAGGUCUCAAAACUGUUUUGAUAAAAAUUUGUUCAUUUUAAUUAUAUUUCAAUAAAGGAGUUGUUUAUCUCUCAGAAAAAUAGAAAUAGGUAUUACAGUUUGAUAAUAUAAAAUACCGAAAUAUGCCUAUAAUAUACAAAGAAAAGCAAAAAUUAAGUACAACUAAAAUCAUAUUUUUACAAAAGCUACGUUUUGAGGAAGUUACUGUUGAUUUUAAACUUAUUGUAUUACUAUUUUAGCAUCUCAUUUCACUUUGUAAAUUUCAAAAAUUUUGGUUCUCGUAUAUAAAAAUGUGCUAUGUAGUGACAUAGCAGACGUUUGAUUUUUCGGAAACCCUCAUCAGUUUUAUUCUGUUGCGAGAAGCAAGCAGCAAGAGGAUUUUGGGUUUUAAUUUUGCUGUGGAAUAAAUAUCAUUGCAAAAGUUAAAGAAAAAAUAAAAUUGAUGAUACUGGGGAAAAACUAAACUUCAGUAAGGUAUGAUUUUUUGCCGUUUUUUAAAUAUUUGGAAUAUACUCACAAAAAAAUGGUUGGGAUUUUCACUUUAAUAUAUCUAUAAAAAAAAUUGCUGAACGAAUUGCCUUUUUCCUAACUGCUGGACUGAUGAUGAGAUUCAUCUAUUGUUAUGCGGAUGAAGCUUACUCUGUGAAUUGAACAACAUUCUCGUGAAGCAUGAAACAGGAAGGAAUCUAUUUUAUUCAAAUUAAAUGUUAAAAAGUGAUUUAUUAAUGAAACAUGGGUGCUAAAAUAGAUCUUAGGAAAUAUGUACAUACACAUAAUUUUAUCAAAGAAAUGUAUUUAUUUUUUAUUGUUUGAAUUGUUAUUAUAUUAUUCGCAAGUUUUGACUUUUAAAAGUUUAACUUGUGAUUAUUUGCAAUAAAUUUUAUUUGUGAAAUCUG